AUGAUGAUUCCCGAAUCCCGGCAUCCCUCGCUCCGCUGGCAGCGGCUCCGCGCCGGCGUUCGGGGAUCGCGGCCCAGCCCCGGCGGCGGGGGAGCCGCGGAGGAGCCGCGACCCCGCGGGCAGCGCAUCCGCUCCCGGCCGCGGCCCAUGCGGACACCGAGCGGCGGCCGCGGCCUGCCCAGCCAUCCCAGAGCCGAUCCCAGAGCCGAUCCCGGAGCCGAUCCCGGUGCUGACGUCGCUCUCCAGGCGCCCCCGCGCCGGCGGCGCCCACCCAGCUCCGAAGGGCUGGAGCCGGAGACCCAGGAAGGGAUCCCGGCACAGGUGAGCAAUGGCGAAGCCGGAGGAGAUUCCCAGAUCCGGACCCGCACCUGGAAAAGGGAGAGCAUCUGCCGAGGGGAGCGUUUCUCCUUCCCGGAGGUGGAGGAUGAGGUCAUCUAUGACGACGUUCCCUGCGAGGGCCUGGACGUGGAUCAGGACGGCGCGGGGCUGAUCUACGCCGAGGUGCAGCGUGGGGAGGGGACGCGCCUGGGGCAGGACCUGGGCUGGAGCUCCAGCGAGUUCGAGAGCUACAGCGAGGGCGAGUCCGGAGAGGAAUCCCGGCCGAAUGCGCGCGCGGGACGCCAAGCCGCCGGGGGCCAGCGCCAAGACCUCCAUAAACUCAAGGAAAAAUGCGCCAGGACUAAGCGGGAGCUCCUGGCUCUCAGAGUUGGGGGGAAGGAAAUGCAGGAGCUGAAGCACAAAUCCGAUUGGAAGAAAAUCAGCCUGGAGCUGCUGGGGUGCCGCUCGUGUCCGGCGGCGCCUGGGGCUUCCCAAGACAUCGGAAUUCGGGGAUUCGGGAAUUCUGGAAGUAAAUCAUGA